AAAGCAAGAUGGCGGCCGUGGUAGAUAGAGUUGAUGGAUGUGUUGGGUCCUUGGACUCAGAAUCGGUGUCACCGAGACAGUCGACCCCUCCACCGGAUCAGCCUCACCAGAACAACCCGCUGUUAGGACUACCCAUCGUGGCCAUUGAGACUAUUCUCAACUUCCUCUCUUAUGAUGAAAUCAGCCUCCUUCGCUCGGUGUGUAAGCGCAUGGACAUGAUUUGCCAGCGUGUCCUGAAUCAGGGCUUCCUGAAGGUGGAGCGUUACCACAGCCUGUGCCAGAGGCAAGUCAAGGCCCAGCUGCCCAGGCGAGAAUCGGAGAGGAGAAACCAUUCUCUGGCCCGUCACGCUGACAUCCUGGCCGCCGUGGAGACACGCCUCUCUCUGCUCAACAUGACCUUCAUGAAAUAUGUUGACUCCAACCUCUGCUGCUUCAUCCCUGGAAAGGUUAUUGAUGAGAUUUAUCGUGUGUUGCGCUACGUAAACUCCACUCGAGCCCCCCAGCGAGCUCAUGAGGUUCUACAAGAGCUGAGGGACAUCUCCUCCAUGGCCAUGGAGUAUUUUGAUGAAAAGAUAGUCCCCAUCCUGAAGAAGAAGCUGCCUGGGGCUGACCUGUCUGGUCGCCUUAUCGGCUCAGCACCAGUGGCAGGUCCAUCUACCUCCCUGACUACCAUGUCCCUGCUGGCCAAGAACACGCCAUCCCGCUCUGAGAUGACCAAGGUGCAGCAGCAGGUAAAGGUGAACGGGGCGUCCAUGACAGUACUGCGGAGGGAGAUGCAGGAAAUUCGCGUUAAGCAGCUGGAGCAGCAGAAGCAGCUGCAGGAUCAGGAGCAGAAGCUGCUGGAACAGACGCAGGUGAUCGGCGAGCAGAACGCUCGCCUUGCCGAGCUGGAACACAAGCUCCGCGAACUGAUGGACAGUAGCGCCGCUGCUCUGGGAGGACCCAGGCCUAGCACAGCUGCACCCUCUACAUCCAGCAGCACUGCUGUGUCUUCCACUGUUGCCAGCACAUCUGCUACUGUGUUAGCAAGUGGCAGCGUGGCCGCAGCUUCUCUAGCCAGAGAGGCAGAGAGCGAUGGAGCAUCAUCACUCAAACGCACCAGAAAGAGCUCGGAUCUUCCGCGACAGUCCAAACGGCUGCGUAGCAAAAAAUAAGAGACUCUGCGUCUUUUUUGUCUUUACUUUUUUUUUUCUUUUCUUUUUUUUUUUUUUAAAUCUGAUGCCCCUAAAAACCCCACCCCCAUACUCACACUAUUGCUUGUGAACUUACUCACUGCUGUCUACAGCUAGAACACUGAGCCCAGAACAUCACCAGGACUUUGCACAACAUUGAGUGGGAAACAGUUGAUUGUUACUUUUUGUUAAAGGACUGUUCAAGUCUGGUGUUCAUUUUUUUUUCCUCUUGCCAACAAGUUCCAUGGACUAUAUCUAAAAGAAACUGGACAGUGUCUUUUGGAUAUAGUAAAAAAAACAAAACCAGACACGGUCAGUUUGUGGCUAAUUAGAUCAUGGUCGCCAGUGAAUGAUUUUUUAAGUGUAUUUACGGUGAACAAUGGAGCUCUAACAUUAGAAAAAGAGCACUCAAGCUUUUGGAUUACACACACAAUACUUAACCGUAAAUACAUUCAAAUGAGGGUUCAUUUCUGCACAUGGGAUUUGUUGAAAAGAAGAAAAAUAAUAAUGCAACACCAGACUCAUGCUUCGACAGCUUCUUAGCCAUUUAAUCCAAUCAGAUCAUAGGCAAUAUAAUCUAUUUAUAGAAGGUUACAUAAGGUAGCUUUAAAGCAUUUUAAUGCAGAUGCUUUUCUAAAGGCUCAUAUUUUUGCAAAAACAAAAAGUGGCAUGUCCAAACUGAAAAAUCAGAUUCUUGAAAAACAAGGCUAACAGAAGACACAUAAGUUAGUGUUCAUACGAUUUUUGUUUCUUAAAUAAUAUGCUCCAAGAGAUUUUAUUACAGAAACUGACUCGGCUGACGGGCCUUUAACUUCAAGUGAAACAGAUCUACCUAAAUUGAAAUUGCACAUUAUUGUUAAACUGUGGCCUCUUUCUUUUCCAUUUUCACAAGGGUCAGAGGUCGAAAUCUACAAGCAUUCAGUUUAUUUACUUGGUUGAGUGCAAUAGAUCAUUUAAGAAAAGUACCUUAUAGUCCUGGCCAGUAGCCUGGUUGGUUCUUGUGGCCCGUUAAGUAAAAUAAAGUCUGUGCUUCAUUCAGAUUAGAAAGAAGACAGGGGUGUUAAAGAAAGGCAGUGUUUAGGUAACAUAUAUGUGACAGAGUCGACCUGUUGUUUCUUCUGUUUCCUGCCUGGCAGAAGGCAAAGUGUGAGGUAGACGUUGUGUGUGAUGUGAUAUCCAUUCCACUGUGCCUCAAGACAACUGACGGAUCAUUUCCUAUGAUUCUCAGAGACGGAGCAGUGAUAAUGGGACCAACAGUCCUGCUGGGUUGUGUCAUUUUCUUCAAAGGUUUUUCGAACAGGCCGUUUUAUCUCUUGACAGCACCUGAUGUUUAUGCUCGUCUUGUGUUAACUUAUGUGCUCUGCUUAUGAUGACGAGGCAACAAUUUAACUGCUGGCAAAAAAAACAAAAAACAUUUGACACCUUUCCACAAAGUGUUCUAUCAGACAAAGUUAAAGUCUUUUGAAUGUGCUGUUUCUCCUUUAAGGGACAUCACUUCAUUUCCAUCAUUUUAACUGCAGAUAAUUGCACAGCAUUACUUGCCUUUCAUUUCAAACUAUGAAAAAGAAACAUGGCCGGCGUUUCUUGAAAACAUUUUGUAAUUGCUCCUCUGUCUGUUUCUCUGAUGAUUCCGUUUAUCAGAGAUAAAGACCUUGCAUUUGCACAAUCAUACUUCAUUUUAUACCAUUAGGUCAAACUUGAAGUCAUCUACAACAUAAAGCCACUCAAGGGCCACAUCCUAGGUUUUCUUUUUAGCUUCCAGAUAUCAUGGCCUUGAUCAAUAGAGAGAGAGAGAGAGAGAGACACGGUGCGUUCUCCCUGGUUUACCAUUAUUUUCUCAAAUGCACUAUUGAGAUUGUGUUUGGCGAUAUAAUUUGACCAGUAAGUUUCUAUCUUUUUUUUUUUUAAAGCUGUCAGCUAUAUCUUACAGUCUGCACUAAUGAAGAUCUUACAAUAGUGUUGAAAACUCUAAAAGAAUAAUAUGAGGACCUUGAUUUAAAUUUCUCAUUUCAUCACUUAAGUUUUCUUGUUAUUAAAAUUCGGUCAUGUUGAGUAUUGACAUGAUCAAGUCCAGUGUCUCUCCAACACAUUUCCCUGACUAAUUAUUUGUAACAAAUGGGUGGAAACUGAAAAAAAAAUUUUUUUUACAGGGUCUAUUCAUGCUAAAUACACAUUUCUAUUUUCAUCUCUAGUGCCACGCAGACUCUGUUAUUUGUCUCUGUGACCUUUUGCCCCCCCCCACCCACCCACCCAAAAGCAAGGGAAGUAAAUGGAAUUUAGCCUAUCUGCACCAGUGGACAGUGAUGAUACCGUGUGUCCCUUUUUUCCGUGGCGUAGAUGAACUCUGAAAUUGAAGUUUGAAAUCACGCAUGGUGGAGUGUAGAAAUGCCAGAACUUCUGACCAUGGAGUGGUGCUGCAAAGUAAUAUGUUUGUUUUCAAUAGCGUGGCUCAGAGUAGAAUACGUUUGUGCAGCUGUUUAAAAAAAGAAAAGCAGCGUCUGAGUUCCCCUGUGCAGCAGGUACUCCUCUUUUCUGUUCAAACUCGUCUCUUGCCUUGUAAGGCUAGGUUAGCUGUGAGCCCAUAUUGUGGCUGCCCUUUUCUUUGUUUGAAGCUUUCUGUUGUUUUGAUGAACUGAACCACUUACGGCAUGAACUUUUGGAAAUGCAGUUCACAUCUCGGUGAACACCAGCGUGUAUUAUAAUGACACUGGUCAGAUAAACAUAAGAAGAUGUAAUCUAGUGGCUUAAUUUGAGACUGCGUCUCAGUUUAGAAAACUGUACUGUAAUCUUCAUGUACUUUUAAGUGUAGAUUGUGAAUUUAUUUCAUGUAUGUAUACCAAGAAAACUAUCUUUUGAGCUGGCCAACUUGAGGCUGACUGUACGGUUUUGUUGCACACAUUACUGUUACAAAUGUAAAAAUCAAACUUAUUAAAGUUCGACUUAACUUA